AUGGUUCUCCACUUCAGAUUUCUAGAUGGAGAGAGAGAGAGAGAGGAUCUGCGUGGGUAAACAAGGGAUCGUCCUCAGAACCAGUUGUGAUCUUCCCCGCGUCGUCACGGCUCGGUCUUUAUUUUUCCAUGUGAAAUCACUGCUAGGGCUAGCUUUCUUAAGCUCCUGCACUCAUGGGGGAAGGGGGAAGGCAGGAGAUAUAGAUGCACAGGUGAUUUUUCUCUUUCGAAACACCGGGGUGAUCCUUGGUUGCAGAUGAACCUUCAAGUCUUGUGUGUUUCCAGUUUGUGAUCUUCACAGCAUCUUGCUCUCGCUGACUCUUUUCCGCAUGAAAUUGGAUCUAGACACUGAGUAAAUCUCCAUGGAACCACAGCCGUAAGGCACACAUCGCAGAGUUCUUACUGGCGUCGGAUUUUAUACGAAGUCCCUCGCCCAUGCCCACUGCAUCUUCUUUCACUAACAUCUCUCCCAUGCGACCUUGUCUUCAUCUUACACGCCUCCUGUCGCUUCGGAUUUUCGGCGUUGACUUUGCUCGGCUGGCCAGAUUUUUGAAGCCAAAAAUCUGUUGCGAAUGUGUGUACUCCGUUUUGAAUAAGUGCGUUGUGUUCAAUCAUGUGUGCAGCGUGAAGGCGACCAUCGAGAGGUACAAGAAGGCAUGCUCCACCUCCGGACCAGUUGUUGAAGUCAACGCCGAGGUAAUCUCCCCCAUUCCGUCGUAAUCUUCUGCAUUGGUCAAAAUAGGAUGCCGUGGUGUUGUCUUCGCAUCCGCUAGAAAAGGAUCUUCUUUUCGGUGAGUUAUUUCGUUCAUUGAUUUCUAUGUUUAUCAUUUAUCUUGUUGCUUGAUUAUCGGAAGCUGGUUUCCACCUCCGAUUGCUCCAAGGAAGAUGAUUCUCAUAAUGAAGAGAGAAAAAGGAAAAAGAGUGAAGACUCUGGUCAUUCAAGGCUGUUGCUUUGAAGUCCCACAGAAUCAGUCAAGUUUUAUUUGAAUCUAGAAGCCUCUGAAGGAUUCACUCGAGGCCACUGUAUAUCCACACACCAGAACCUUACUAUUAUUAGGAACAUUCGAUCUCGCACAAGGUCAACGCUAUUCGAUACCUCUCAGUUUCUAGAGGGAAAGAGAGAGAGAGAGAGAGAGAGAGAGAGAGAGAGAGAGAGAGAGAGAGAGAGAGAGAGAGGUUGCAGAGGGGGCGCAGUAUUCUACAGGGACCUCAACUCUCCGAUUGAAUUCCUAAUGCUUGAAAGAUAUGGAAGUCGGUUAGCCAGAGGAGCUGCGUUACGGCGCAAACUCCUUGAGUGGAUUGCAUCUCAGAAGUAUGGAAGGAGAACGCAACACACUGUAUCCCCUGCUGGACGACGGCACAACCCUAGACUCAUUCAAUGGACUGAUCUAAUGAGAACCCUAAUGGGGGAGGUGCGUGAUUACUGAUACCCUACAAUCGGUCUCAUUAGGGUUCUUGAGAUCUAAACUGAUGAAGACGGUACAGUGGGAAGAUCCAGGUUUUCUGACCUAGUUACCUCUCACUCCGCGUCCGUUGACGGGUCCGCCAUGCAGGGAAAGAGGAGAGAAAAGACACCAGAAGGAUCGAGGAUCUCUGGUAUCUCUUAUGAGAGGUGGUCUAUUAUUCGGACAAGGACCGUGGAAAACCUCUGGGUAGACCCGCAUUCCGGUCCUGCAGCUAUGAAUCACUCUUAGAAUCCCUUGGCUCAUGGAUUUUUUCUGAUCGCCGGAGCAUACUGAGCAACCGCAGGAUACGAGAUGCUCUAAAAUCGUCCCCGAAGAGGGAAAUAAUGCUCGCUCUAGGUAUGAAACUUGUGUCGAGCAAUGGUCAGCCCCCAAGAUCGAAUCGGGUCCCCCGCGCACUGCUGCGAGUGGCGAGAUCUCCGUUCUCCUCUUGUGGCGCGGUGCUUAGGGCACAAAGCAAGAUUCGGGCAUCUCGGCCAGCCGUGUCUCUUGGUUCCCCGCCGAAGCUCGGCGAUGUAUGUGGAGUUCCUUGGGAGACAAGAUCCUCCAUCCGACGGCAAAAGGGCGGAGAAGAGCUGUUCAACGACUUUGAGGAUGGAUGCUUUGGGGGGCCCAAAAGCAAAACAGCACUCUUGCAGAUCUUCCAUGGUGGCUGAAGAUGCCGCAGGUCAUUUGGUGUGUAAUGGCGACGGCGGCGGCGAGUAGUCGCGACAUACGAUAGGAAAAUUUCCAGUUGUGGCUUGUUCAUCCACAACUGGGAGGAUGAGCCCGCAGCACAAUUUGGAGGAAAAUUUAGAGUUCAUCACCGGAAUUUCUUUGGUUGUUCUCUGCAUUAUUAAUGGUUUUCUUUGAUGGGUUUGGAUCUAUACAUAUUUCUUUCAAUGUUUGUUCUUUCGUUUUUUUUUUUAAUAUGUUCCUGAAACAAAUCCUUUUUCUCAUGAAAAAAACUCUUUUACGAGCAAUAAAUAUCAUCAUGCUUGCACAAUCCACCAUUCGAGUCUCCAUUACAGACAACCUAAUUUCCCAGAACAGAUCGUCCGUCUCAGCAACGUGGUUUUUCUCUUGGUCGCAGUUCUACCAGAAAGAAUCGGACAGCUUGCGGCGCCAGAUCGUCAACCUGCAGGGGAAGAUCAGGUUGCCUGAAGUUGCCCCUCGGUCAAUCCUCGAUGCUUUCGGUCACAUUUCAUAACGGCUGACCAGAAGGAUUGCGUUGGAAUGUAGGAACUGCCUGGGCGAAGACGUGAACCACGUUGAAUCUAAGAAGCUGAAGAAUCUCGAGAAGAGCCUGGAGGAAGGCAUCAAGAAGAUCAGAGCCCGGAAGGUACGUACGUCUCUCAUGCUCCCCUCGACAGGGAAGGGGGGGUGGGGUGUCUCCCUUCUCGAGUUCUGACUCACCAAGAACAUGCAGAACGAGCUGCUGCGCGCCGAAAUCGAGUACAUGCAGAGGAGGGUGAGUAAUCCAGACGGGCUACCUGUUUCGUUCCUGAUCUUCCCAUUUGAGAAACAACGUCAGGGUUCUAGUCUGUAGUGACCGCUUGAACUGUCUGCGCAGGAAAUGGAGCUGCAGAACGAUAACAAGUGCUUGCGGGCUAGGGUUUCCAAGGUGGGUGAUCACCUUUCCGAUGGAGAGAUUAGAGGGGUGUGUUAGAAGAUGGUGGCGGCUGAGUCUCCCUCCUGUUUGCGUCAUGCAGAUCAUCGAAAGCGAGCGGGCGCCGCAGCUGCUGCCGCCGCCAUACGAGGGCUUCCCCCAGCUGGACUCCCGCAACCUGCUUCAAGGGGGCGUGAUCGAUCCUGGCAACCAUUACCCUCAACAGCACGAGACAUCUCUGCAUCUUGGGUACGCUCUCUCUCUCUCUCUCUCUCUCUCUCUCUCUCUCUGAGGGAGCCCUGCCCAUGUUCUUCCUUCGAUCCAGGGGCCAUCGGUGACUGGUGUGGAGCCUGCCGUUUUUUGUUUUUUAUGGUACAGAAUGGUCCUGGAUUGAGAGGCACACGAGGGCCGGAGCGGGUCGGGGUUGACUCUUCACGCGUUGACUUUUUUUAUGCAUAAAUUUGGACCCUUUAAAUCGGUGGUGGACGCGCUUCCGAGAUGCUUGCUGUUCGGACCACCCAACCCUUUCUUCCAUUAGCUAUUUCGACAUCAUAAUCUGGCUUGCCGCAAAGUCUCAGUCUCCUUGAUCUGGGCUGGUUCGACCGCUCGUUCGGUCUGACUUUAAAGCGCCGCCAUUAAGAUGUCUCUUUCUUUCCAGGCUUCAUUUUUUUCUCUUUUUUUGUGGCAAAAAUUGGAAAGAAACCGAAGUGAGCCACUCGAUUCGUCCUCUCUGCGGUCGGGCUUUGGCAAAGGCGAUGCCGGCGGUCAACGUCUUUUGAAAAGGUCGACGGCGCUCUUCUCCCCGCCCGCAAAAGCUGCCGUUCCACCGCCGCCCGCAAAGCGGCGCCAAAGAAGAAGAUUCCGACCAACAAGUGCGACGGUGGAGGGCAGCGAAUGCUGCCGGAUUCGGAGAUCCCUGCCGGCAGGAAAAAUAUCGACGAUGUACGGCCCUCCCUGACCGCCGCCGCCGCCGCCGCUGCCGCCGACCUUGGACUUACUCGUUCCCGUCAUAUGUGGACUCAUUGUCUGCACGUGUCCAACUCAUUCCUCACCGUCACUCGUGGGUGGACGGUAGGGCUGACGUCGCGUUGACCCCUCCUGGUAUCGUCCUCCGUCUGCUUGUUCACGCGCGAGCAUGGCAUUGCUUUCGUGGGCAGUGCCCAACAGACGGUGCCAUUAAUGGCUCUCGUGGGCAUGCCCACCGGCGAGAAGCAACCUGCCGACAACCACUCAAAGUGAGAUCCGACAGGACGAGAUCUCUCAGUGCCGCCGGUGGGUGGGUCCCCUUCCUUCUUCUUCUUCUCGGUCAAUCCCGCACGUUUCUCUGCAACUAGGAUCCAUAGGAAAAUUGGCGACAAUUCAAAUCGGAAAAGAACGGAAUUAGCGUCUCUGGGGGGUGGUUACUGCUCACGUCAGCGACACGCUCUGGAGGCCUUGA